AUGACUAUACCGUUUAGUUAUGUAAACGACGAUUACUGCGAUUGUUUUGAUGGCAGUGACGAACCUGGAACUUCAGCAUGUCUUAAUGGUGUUUUCCAUUGCACAAACGCCGGUCAUCGACCGCAUAAUAUACCAAGUUCAAGAGUUAACGAUGGUGUAUGUGACUGCUGCGAUGGAACUGAUGAGUAUGCAUCAACAGUAACAUGCAGCAACACUUGUGAAGAACUUGGCAAAGAGGCUAGAGCUGAGGCCCAAAGAAUAGCAGACCUAUACAAGGCGGGUAGUCAUUUACGUUUAGAAUUAAUUGAGAAAGGUAAUUCAAUACGAAAUGAGAUGGCAGAACAACUUUCACAGUUUGAAAAGGAUAAAGCUGAGGCUGAGAAGAUUAAAGAAGAGAAAGAACUUCUAAAGAAUAAUCUAGAAGCUAAGGAGAAUGAUGCUCUAAAAGUGUAUAGAGAAGCAGAGCAACUUGAGAAACAAAAGAAAGCUGAGCAGGAAAAGCAAAAUUCUAUUAAAGAAGCGCUGGAACAGUUUGAUAUAAUUGACUUAGACAAAGAUGGGCUGCUAACUAUAGAUGAAAUAAAGGCAGCUAAUGUGUUUGAUAGGAAUAAGGAUGGACAAGUGGAUGAAGAUGAAAUAACUUACUUUUUUGGUGAAAGAGAAAGUGUAGAUAAAAAUACUUUCCUUGAAAAUACAUGGUCACUGGUGAAAUUGGUAAUGAUGGAGCAGGGUACAGUCAAGCCUGUUUCGGAGGCUGAAGACAUAGAGCCCGCUGAAGAAGGUGAAAUUGAAGAUUCUAUGGGUGACCAAGACAAUGAGGAUCUUGAACAAGAAGAAGAUGAUCAGGGUGAUCUAGAUCAUGCUGAUCAUGAACCUGAAGAUGUGGCAGUUCAACCAUCAGCUGUCUAUGAUGAAGAAACACAAAAGCUGGUAGACGCUGCUACUGAGGCUCGACGUGAACACACAGAAGCUGAACACACUGUUAGGGAAAUAGAGGCAAAUAUAAGGAAAAUACAACAAAACCUUGAAAAAGAUUAUGGUCUACAACAUGAAUAUGCUACUUUAGACAACCAGUGCUGGGAGUAUGAAGACAAAGAAUAUAUUUACAAAUUGUGCCUCUUCCAAAAGGUUACUCAAAAAUCUAAGAGUGGUGGUGGAGAAGUUGGGCUAGGAAAUUGGGGAGAAUGGGGUGGUCCCAGUCACAAUAAAUACUCAGUUAUGAAAUACACAAAUGGUGUUGCUUGCUGGAAUGGCCCUAGCAGAAUCACAACUGUAAAUAUUGGUUGUGGAUUAGAAACGAAACUCUUAUCUGUCACAGAACCCUAUCGCUGUGAAUAUAAGAUGGAGUUUAUAACGCCAGCUGCAUGUGAUGAUGCCAGUAAUGCCCCACAAUACUCAUCACAUGAUGAACUUUAA